AACGCAUACUGUAAAUUCCUAUUUUUUAUUGGCUGGUUACGAGCUGGAUUUGAAAGAUUUCACAUUUAAAAUAAUGUGAGUCGCACAGCUGUAAAUCAUAUUUGCUUAAAAGUUUAUUUUGAGCAUCAGUCGACAUAACGCAUCACUGCUUGAUGCGAUGUACACCAACGUAAAAUGAUAGUAUCAGGCAUUAUAUGACUAGCGUUUGUAUUACUAUUGUGGCUGGAUUAAAUUAACUAUUCCAAAGAAAGAAAUGGCAUCAUGAAAUUGUUCAAAUCAGACCAAUGCGCAUUGCACGCCCCCCGUGGUUGCAGGGGGAGGUUUGAGAAUGAAGAUAGAGGAUGACCUAGAAAUUAAAUGCAGAUCGAUUGCAAUGGAUUGUGAAGUUUAGACUAAUAGCUGAAUAAACUAUUACAGUAUCGUACUACACAUCAACUCAAGGUGGUGCUGAACUCACUGAGGACAUUUCCACAAGGAUACCUUUCGCUGAUUUGGUACACGAACUGUGGAUAAUCAAAAUGCUGGAUGCCGGUACAGAAGAAAUGAGAAUCUAUUCUGAACGUGCACGAGAAGACAUAUGAAGAAGGUCAUGAAAUUGAGAGGAUGAUAAUGCUGGAAAAACAGAACUCGACACAGGAGAUCGGAGAGGAGGUGGAAGAGGGGGCAGUCUUCACCAUCACCCUGAGGAAGGUACAGUUGCACCAGUCGGCCAGUAAGGGACAGCGAUGGCUGGGCGUGGAGACAGACUCUGCUCUCAGCCUGUAUGAGACGUGUAAAGUACGCACCAUAAAGGCUGGUACGUUGGAGAGGCUGGUGGAAUACAUGGUGUCUGCGUUCAGGGGCAAGGACUCCACCUACGUCACCAUCUUCCUCUGCACCUACCGCUCCUUCGCCACCACCAAGCAGGUGCUGGACCUCCUACUCAACAGGUAUGCCAAUCUACAGAACCAACCUGGGAUAGAUGUACACAGACACACUCAGGAUGACAGCACAGAGCUCAGAAACACUGUGUCGUCCAUCCUGGGGGCGUGGCUGGACCAGUACUCAGAGGACUUCUGGAGCCCUCCGCAGUAUAGCUGUCUACACCACCUGAUGUCCUACCUGCACCACCACUUCCCUGGCUCUGACCUGGAGCGCCGCGCACGCAACCUGCUGGCCCUCUUGCACCGAAAGCAGCAGUGUGAGCCCGACCUCGACGAGCACAUUGGCUGUCCCUUCGCCAUGCAGGAAGAGAGUGGCUUUGAAGACGAGCUUCCUGCCCUGAACUUCUUGUCCUUUGACCCCAUCAUGGUUGCCGAGCAGUUCACACUCAUGGAUGCGGAUCUGUUCAAGAAGGUGGUCCCUUACCACUGCCUGGGGGGCAUCUGGUCCCAGCGGGAUAAGAAGGGGAAGGAACACCUGGCCCCCACCAUUCGGGCCACAGUGGCCCAGUUCAACUGUGUCACCAACUGUGUCAUCACCACCUGCCUGAGCAACCCCUGUCUGAAACCCACCCAGCGAGCCAGACUGGUGGAGCGCUGGAUAGAGGUGGCCAGGGAAUGUCGUAUCCUCAAGAACUUCUCGUCCCUGCGAGCUAUUCUCUCUGCCCUGCAGUGUAACUCUCUCCACCGACUCAAGAGGACAUGGGAUGAGGUGUCCAGAGAGAAUUUCCGCACCUUCCGUGAGCUGUCAGAGAUCUUCUCAGAUGACAACAACUACUCUCUAAGCCGAGAGCUGCUGGUCAAGGAGGGCACCUCCAAAUUUGCCACCCUGGAAAUCAACCCAAAACGAGCACAGAGGAGACACCAACAGCAGAGAGACUUGGGGGUGAUGCAGGGGACCAUUCCUUACCUGGGCACCUUCCUCACUGACCUGGUCAUGAUGGACACAGCUAUGAAAGACUACACAGAGAGUGGACUCAUCAACUUUGAGAAGCGACGAAAGGAGUUUGAGGUGAUAGCUCAGAUUAAGCUGCUGCAGCUGGCAUCCAACAACUACAGUUUCACCCAGGACAGCUUCUUCAGGGAGUGGUUCUCAGGAGGGGAGAGACUCAGUGAGGCAGAGAGCUACACUCUGUCCUGUGAGAUUGAACCGCUGUCAGAGUCAUCCAGCAAUACUAUCAGAGCCAAGAAAAACGGCGGCAUCAUGAAACGCUGGAGCGAUCGCCAGUUAACUGAGGCCAGCUGCAGCAGUGCAGGAAGCUCCCAUUCCAAGUUGUUUGACCAGUCCCACAUCAGACCGUGCCAGAGAGGGGGAGGUGAUAGUGGGGACACCCUCAGCGUCACCUCAGCUGGCUCCAGUGGCUCUGACCUGGAGGAUGUCAACGCCAGCUUCCUGUCUGACUCGCCGGAUGCCCACGAGAGAAAGACCUCUACAUCCUCAGUAAAACAUUCCGUCUCUGCUUUGGGGAAAGAAAGCCAGACUCCUGAUCCCAACUCCACGUUUUGGGAGUCCACCUCCCUGUCUUCUCUAGACACCUCAGGCAUGGGUUCUGGUUCUGGCUCCAGCAGCGCCUCGUCCUCCUCUGUGUCCUCCACCACUCCUCUCCCAGGUGCCUCACGCUCCCACAAGCGCUCCGUCUCAGCCGUGUCCUGCUACUCUACUCUCUCCCUGCCCCUCUACAACCAGCAGGUGGAUGACUGCUGCAUCAUCAGAGUCAGCCUAGACGUGGACAACGGCAACAUGUACAAGAGCAUCCUGGUGACCAGUCAGGACAAGACACCAGCAGUCAUCAGUAAAGCCAUGGUGAAACACAACCUGGAGCGAGAGAAAACGGAGGACUAUGAGUUGAUGCAAAAAAUCUCUGAAGAAAAAGAGCUGCGGAUCCCAAACAAUGCCAACGUUUUCUAUGCCAUGAACUCUACCGCCAACUAUGACUUUGUGCUGAAGAAACGUGGCUUGUCCAAGAAAGGCCGUGCCAAGAGUGUAGCCAGCUCCACGCUGCCCCGCAUGAAGCAGAAGGGCCUAAAAAUCGCCAAAGGGAUCUUCUGAGGACGAGUGUUCCAGCUCUCUGUCAGUCUGAUGGAUUAAGGCCCUCUAAAUUCACCUAAGCUAAAGGAUCUAAGAACUACGCUAGAGACGGAGCCCAGUGGAAAACAACAACAAAUCAUGUCUGCAUGCAUCACAAGCAGGCAGCAAAGCAGGAAAAGCAAUUACCGGUAUCAGACUGAUGUCUUCUUGGCUCAGGCCUUGAUGAAGGGGAGCUUAACAAUGUGCUGUCCCUAACCCUUCGUGCCUAAGUUUGUGUCAGUGGUGUUUACAAAGGGAAUAUCAUAGAGAGUGUAUUGCGUACAUAUGGCCACGUUAUAAACUCUCUCUGACUGUGUGGUGAUUAGAGUGGUGUUGGUAAAUGUUGUACUGAGGAGCAUAGAGGAAGGCACAGAGAACAAUGGUGGCCAGAUUUAUUAAGCCAAGUUAGUCUCGUGAGAUAAAAUACAUUUUCAAGAGAGACCUGGACAAAGAGACCCGAUGAGCUAUCCUGGUGGGGUGUGGCACUUUUCCACUGUGAAUAGAUGGAAAGGUGGUCCAUUGUAAGUUUGAAGAGUUGAAUGCAGAUACUGCCAUAUUGAAUAUGGGUCAAGGUGUGUGAUCAUUUCAGAGAAAACAAGGUGUGAGGAGUGUACACUCUGUACAUCUUGUUUUAUUGAAUUAUAACCAGGAUAAGGAAGAAGGACAUCACAGUGGGGCUCAAUAUGCUCAAUAGAAACAUUUCAAAGAUUACGGAGGGUUGGUGUAAAACAAAAAAUAGAUAAACAGUGAGGAGUGAUAGAUAUUUACAAAAUACCCACACAGUAUAAUAUCAGCAUUACUUUGCAAUGGACCUUUAUGUUUGAUGAUGUUACCAUUACAGUUAUGCUAUUUGUUUGGUACUCUUUACUUUGCUAUACUGCUGCUAAAUGUACAUUUUAUAAAAGGUCAAUAAUUUACCUUAUUUUUUUACAAACUUUUUGGGGGUGAGGACAGGCAUGACGUUGGGACUCCGAUGACGGCAUUGUAUUGAGUAUCAUUAAGUGAUUCAGGGGCUCCGAUGACAGCAUUUCAUACCACCCGUCCCUACUGGACUAUCUCUGUAUGGAAAACAAUGGUUGACAUCUUUGUGCUAACAGUGGGAUAGUGGUAUCAUGUAUAAUCUGUAACUGCCAAUGAUUCUCCUUAUGGCUGCCCAAUGCCUGCUCCAUGCAUGCAAGAGGAGGUAACAGUCCUCGCCUAACAACAAAAAGCAGUGCACUACCCCACACAAGCUUAUUCUUACUUGCAAUCUUAAAGACAGAGUGAGAGUAAUGACACAAACUCUGAGAUUCUUACAAGCAUGCCAGUGGUUGUUUAAUGUCAUGGAAAAUACGGACAAAAAGUUGUUUGUCAUUUCACUGACAUUACAUGCCUUUAUUGCUCAGUGCUGCAUGCUGGUCCCAACCCCUUUAAAUGGCUUUUUAAACUGUCCUUUCCUUGAUGACCAUGAUAGAACCAUAGAGGUAGGGGAAAGCAAUAUGGUGUAAACUCCCCUGUGAUGGGUACUAUCCAGACCUCUUGUAUGCAUGGCCUGGAAGGGGCGGAGAAGAGGCUGUUCUUUUGGGACAUACAUAGCAUAAUGAUUGGUUGUCUCUGCUGUGCUUUGUCACUGUAAUUUGUUACUUACACUGUGAUUGGGUCUUUGCCGAUCACUCUGAUUGGCUCCCUUCUAUGCUGAACACUGUGAACACACACACAUUGGUCGUGUUCCUCUGCUCAGACGUUGCAUGCAUCAAUCAAUGGUUGCAUGCCACAUCAUCGGCUGUGCAGUCGGGAACCAGAUUGCUAUAACAUAUGAUUUGGUUAGCUGACACAUAAAAUGCCCAUCUAGGCGUUGUAAGAUCUGUCAUGCAUCAGCAGCGUCUGAGCAGAGGAAUACGACCCUUCUCUCUCUGUCUCGCUCUCAAUUAUGACACAAUUAAAUAGUAAAAGUCAACCCUGACAGAGAAUAGAUAGAGGUCCAUGUGGUGGUAGAAAUGUGUUCAGGGGAUGGAGAAGAGGUGGCAACUGGUUUAUCACUAUAUGUGCCAAAGAGAUGAGGGGGUCUGUCACUCUCAAAAGACAAUGUUUGUUUCAUUUCUCUAUCACUUGAAUUUUCUAGGGGAGUUUACCAUUUCUGAGUGUUAUGUUCUGAACACUACAACACCAUUCUAAGAACCUCAGAUACACUGUUCAAGCCUAGGUGACAGUGCGGUUACUACUGGUUACCCUUGGAGAAACUGGACCACUUCCCUAAAUAGUAACAAUCCUUUGUUUCUUUUCAAAGAAUGGGUUCAGUAUAAUUUAUGCUUUACAUAAGUGGCUGUGUUUACUACCACUUGACUGAUUGUUUUGUGGUGUUAUUCAUAAUUACUGGAGCUUGCUUUGGAAUGACUGGUCCUCUGCAGAUUUAUUUUGCAGUAUCUGUCGCCUUUGCCAUUAUAACUGAGUUAAAACCUUUGUAUGUGUUUGCAGUGUCUUGUCUCUCAUGUUUUUCUAUUCCUAAUGAAUUAACAAAAUAUUGAGAUGUCAUACUAUAUGGAAUUGUCUUUGUUUAUGUCUUUGUUGACCUGGCAUUAUUUAUUGGUUUGUACAGAAAGAUUUUGUUAUGCAUUGUAUAUUAUUUCCUCUCUUGUGUAAUUAUAGAUUAUUAUAUAUUCAUGUAAAUACAAAUAAACACUUAAGUUUACAAAAGUAAA